AUGGACGAUCUCAGCACUCGCGAUUUGAUCCAGCAGCUGCAGACACAGAUCGAAGCGCAAGCACAAACUAUACGGGAGCAACAUGAAUUCCAACGCAAACAGGCAGAAGAGCUGGCAGCACUGAGGGCGCAGCAACAGCCGCCAGAAUUGUCUGCCUCUAAUCGGCAUGACAAUAAUGAAGGGAGUCACCAUGGAGGACCAUCUGACCCCUUGGUUGGGGGAAAAAAGGGACCCUCCUCUGCACGUAUCACCAAUUUGCUCCCAUUCACAGAUACCAUCAUGCAAGCACACAUGUCAGAUAAACCUCCUCCGGUGUUAGACCGUUAUGAUGGUUCCGCCGAUCCCGAUAAUCAUAUGCGUAACUUUAUAGACUCCAUGGCAUUUUACACCGACAACGAUCCCGUCAUUUGCAGAGCUUUCUCCUUAUCUCUUAAGGAUGAUGCCUUAGAGUGGUUCCACACUCUUCCACGGAACUCAAUAGAUUGUUUUGCAACUAUUGAGACUCUGUUCCGAAAACAGCAUGCAACCAAUAAAAAAUCGGAGAUGACGGCUGCUGAGCUGGUGAAUACCAAGCAGGAGAAGGAUGAGACGUUAAGGGCGUUCAUGCAACGGUACAAUGAAACUGCCCGGCGACAUUUCGCAGAACAACUGUAUGCCGAUCCUCCAGCAUCUUUAGAAGAACUGCAAUCUACAAUUGCGAAGUUCAUCCGCAUUGAAGAUCUCCGGAGUUCUCGGAAGAAGCAGCAACAAGACACCUCCAAUCAUGACAUCAAGAAGCCCUUGAAACGACCAAUCAACGAUUAUAAACCAGACCGAGCACCUCGAAAAGAACUGGGAUGGAUAUCAAAAUAUGAUCAUUACACCACCCUUAAUGCACCAAGGGCGAAGGUGCUCGAAGAGGCUUUGCAUGCCGAACUCUUAACCGUACGACGAAAGGCUACCCCACAAAAUGCAGAUAAUAGUAAAGCCUGCCUAUUCCACAUGAAUCAUGGGCACGACACUGAGGAAUGCAAUAUGGUGAAGGACGAACUGGAACGACUUAUCCGAGCAGGAUACCUCCAAAACUACAUUAAAGACAGAAUCUCCACCAGAGCCACCACUUCCCCUCGAAAAGAUCCUUUCCGACAAGGCCCCGAGCGAUCACCUCCUAGGGUCGAGCAACGUCGCAGGAGAUCACGUAGCCCGCCUCGACGGGCAGAACGGGAACGUUCAGUCCGAGGUCGGAUCGACACCAUAUCUGGUGGUUUCGCCGGGGGGGAGCAUCCUCUUCAGCCAGGAAACACAGUUUGA